UAUAAAAUGGCGGAGUCUAUAGAAGACGAUUCAAAACCAUUUUACAAUCAAUUGUUUCAGUUAUUAAAAUCGGUACCGACAACAGAGAGUGUGGCUGAAGAAAAAAGUGAUCUUCACAGAGCCGCCGUUAAAGGUGACAUAGAACUGUUAAAACAGACUCUGUCUUCUGGACAAUGUGAAAUUAAUCUUCAGGAUGACUGGGACCAUACCGCCUUAUUUACAGCUGUGCAAAAAGGUCACGGCGAAAUAGCAAACAUACUUAUUUCACACGGAGCAAAUAUAAAUGCGGAUAGUAAUGAAUCAUUAAAGGAUAGUAAUCCAUUGCAUUGUGUUCGUGAUGUAAACAUUGCGAAGGAUCUUCUGAAGGCUGGUGGGGAUGUUAAUGCAAUCAAUCUAAAGGGUGACACACCUUUACACAGAGCCGUGAUGAGGGAGGAUUUACCAAUAAUAUCAUUUUUGUUAGAACAUGACGCUGAUGUGAACCUACAGAAUUAUGAGGGUUGGUCCGCCUUACAUACUUGCUGUUAUCCAUCAGGUAGUGAAACUAUGGUGACAGCUAUAAAAUAUAUAAUUUCACACGGGGGCAAUGUGAACUUGCAUGACCACUUUGAAAUGACACCACUCCACCAACUUGCUAGAGGAUCUGCAACGAAUUUGGCAGUGAAGACGCUUGUUUCGGCAGGAUCAGAUUUGCACGUCAAAGAUUAUCGUGGAAACUGUCCAGUCCAUUACUUCCGCUCCUUUACAGCUGACGAAGAGGAGAACUUUAUUGAAACUCUGAAAGAAUUUAUUGUGUCAACAGAAACGGCUAAUGUUAGAGAUUUCAGAGGUCAAACCCCUCUUCAUAUAAAUACAGAUACAUCUGCUAAAGUAAUUGAUAAACUAAUACAUCUGGGUUGUCAAGUAAACGCUCGUGACCACCAAGGAAAGACAGCUCUACAUGUUGCGUCUGGUCUACAAGAUAGACAAGAUAUCAUACAGCAACUUUUAAAAACUGGACAAAAUGUAAAUGUAAAGGAUAACAUGGGAAGAACAUCUUUACAUGAGGCAGCAAAAGCAAGCAACCACGUAAUAGCACAGUUAUUGAUAUCCUAUAAUGCCGAGCCAAAUGCGCGGGACAUCUGCGGAUGCACACCUCUUCACGAAGCUGCUUUAAAGCAAGAUGCUAGAACAGUAGACAUCCUCUUAAAGAGUGGUGCAGUUAUUAACAUCACAGACAUAAACUUGUCGACUCCUCUCCACUUUGCAGCAUGGGAGGAUAGUGAAAAGUCGGCAGAGUUUCUACUAGCUAAUGGUGCAAAUAUCAACUUAAAAGAUAAUCUUGGUCAUACACCUUUGGAUAUAGCACAACUAAGAAGAGCAGUAAAUGUAGCCGGCUUACUGACUUGCAGCGAUCAUAAAAGUGAGGCCAAGAAUAAGGUAGAAAAAAAUGAAAAUAUGUUUGCACUUUCAAAUUGUGGAGGUCAAUAUCUUUCAUUUAACACUGUUUCAAAGACAAUUGAAGAAAAUGAGAUUACGAGAAAGGAUCAGAUGGAAGUUCAACCAUUUCUAAGACUUAUAUUACAAUCACCUGAUGUAGGAAGAGGUUGCGAUGAAGCCGAGGCUAGAGAAAUUCAAUUGGCAAUGGAAGAGCUAGUGCAAACUUUGGCUGAAAGAAUUGGAAAAACCGACUGGAGAUUUCGAUGUUCGCUGCUUCAUGCAGGGAGUAUGUCAGAAGGAACUAAAACACGAUGUCCAGAUGAGUUUGAUUUCAUAUUUGUUUUGGAAGAGUUCAGUAAGCACUGUUAUCCUGUCUUUUUAGACAUUGAUAGCGAAACGCUCACCGGUCUUCAUAUACCAUCAAAUAUGACUGGAAGGAGAGAUUUGCCGGCUGAAACUGUUAAACUAGAAGACCGACCAAGCACAGUGGAACGGACAUUAUCAGUGUCGGUAUCAGAUUACGCUAAUAUAACAAUUAACAAUACAGAAGAAUCUGAACCUUUUGCUAAGUUUGCUGGAUCGACUAUCAUGCCGGUAUAUAAGAUGUAUGAUGGUUUUGCGCAACUUAUCACAAAAGUAUUAUUUCAUGAAACUUUCCCGAAGAACCCAAAGUUAACAGUCAUUGAGACAACUCUAGAUCCAGCCAUGAAACUUUGUUGGAGAGGAUGCAGAUACAAAGAUUUAGAAAUAGACGUUGAUUUGGUACCUGCAAUUGUUCUUCAAGAAUGGCCCGAACAGUUCAAAAAGGAUAACAUCCUUCUGACACCGGAUAUCCUGAGAUUACCAAGCCUUGUUGUGCCUAAAAUGACAGCAGGGACAGAUGAAGAUUUGUGGAGGUGUUCACUUGCUCCUGAAGAAUCAGCUAUCUUUAGGAAAUUGAAACCAGCCAUAAGGAACAGCUAUGUGGCAUGUAAAGCACUUAUCUGCUCACACGUUUGUCCUCAAAUUAGCUUUGAUGGGAAUGAGGAAGUAAUGAGUUUUUAUAGAAUGGAACACGACAGUCUUUCUUCUGAAGAAAGUAUUGAAGUUUUUGAAAACGCCGAGCAUAUUGUUCCUUCUUACAUGCUAAAAAUGACUUUCUUUGCUGCUAUUGCAAGCAAAGCUGAAAACGAGGGAAUACAAAAUGUUUACAUGGAUGAUAGUGACCGAUCAGGAAGCUUGGACAGUGGGAAUACAGAAAACCCCAAAGAAACAAGUGUUUAUGGUCCUGCAAAGGAGAUGUACGUGGCAGAGAAAUUUGAUGACUUGGAUGUUCCACUUGUGCUUGAUGUUUUCAAAAGAUGUGCAGAAUGCAUUGAUAAACGAUUUGUGCCAUCCUUCUUCAAUCCAAAACAUAAUGUAUUAGGUGCACGAGUAAUGGAAGGUGAUUUAGAAAAAGUUGCAGUAUUUAUAACUUUCAUUCAGAGAUUAUUAGCCUAGUAAAGGUGUUGUUAAUGCCAGUUUCAAAUAAAGUUUUACAAUUAAGACCAACUUAAAUACAUUUUGUAAAUGAACACUUUUCAUAAUUUUUUUAAUAAGUAAUAAGAUUACUAGCAAUAUCUGACAUUCAUUUUAAUUACCACAUUAGAAAACAAAUUCCAUCAAUGAUAUCCCAGCCAAAUAAAUAAUUUGAUAAAAGUUUAAGAGCAAUCGUAAGCUUGUUACAGACAAAUAGAUUUAAAGGCAUUUUCUACAUAAAUCAGUGUUAUCUAUGUGACUAUUUUGACAGUACUAAUUAUAACAUGUUAUGUAGAGUGACUCGCUACACAAUGCUACAUACCAAAUAUAUGAGCUCUGGCAUUGUAAUUUCUGACUAAGAGAUUUUAAAAAAUCUAGUCUUCUUCAGUCUGUUCAUUAUCCAAACUGAAAGAAAGGAAGACCAUCUGACAAAUAGUUUGGUGAAGUUUGGUUAAAAUCUACGACGAAAUUUGCGAGGAGAUCUGAUCACAAAUUAAAGGAAUGCAAGUACAAUCUUGAGCUCUUUUUAGUGAGACUUUAAACUUGAAUCAGGCUAAUAAGUGCUUUAUAUGUACGCAUAAAGCUUUCUAAAAUGAGCCGUGUCACAA